AAAAAUUGUUGUCGACGCACGUGCGCCCUUCGCGAUGGACUCGACGCGGGACAACAACCCUGCCAAAGUGUUGCGCCGACGCCCCCAAGUCCGCAUCAACCAGCAACGCUACCGUCUCAAACAGCAAGACGCCAACGCCGCCCGCGUGCGCGAGGUCCUGGAGCUAAACCGGGACGUUGCGCGAUGCCAAGGCCGCAUUCAAGCGCUCGAACGCAGUCUUUUGCGCAUGCACGAGCCCGAGGUCCACGUCGUGCUCGAGUACUGCCGCCUUUUUCACACGGGGUACGCUCCGCACUUGCCGCUUCUGCACAAGCAGCAAAGAGCGUUUGUGAGUGCCGUGGCCAUGCCCAAUAUGCUCUUCCAAGGCGAGAAGCGGGUUGAAAAGCUAUGGGAACAGUGGCAUAUUUCCCACGCACUCUUCUCGACCUUUGAGUUGGAGCCACCGGCCAUUGACAGCAUCAGUUUGGAUGCGACGACCGUGCUCCGCGUCUCGACGACGCUCCAUUUGGGCUUGACGUGGCAGUCGAUUACGGCGCUCUUUCCCCACGCACUCGACCAGCCCAACCUUGCCGAGCGGCUCGUGGGACAUCUGGAUACAAUGGCGGCGACGCCCGUCGCAAUGGCCGACCUCUUGGGCAGCCUUGACGACGCAGUGACGGCUCUACUCGAUAGCCGCCUCUUGGAAAACGCUGAACUCGACGUACGCCUCGACGACUUCAAGUAA